AUGUCAUCUCUGAUCAUUCAUGAAAAGACACAUUUGUCAAGCAGUUUACCAAUCGUAACCGGCGAUGGAGCUUCUUCGGCCUCGCCAUCACUCUUGGAUGAAGAUCAGAGCAUCGAGAAGGAUCGGUCCACCAUCACCUAUGGGACAACCUGGGUAGCUUGGCUGCAAGUGAUAAGCAUCAUACUGGUGAACAGCGCCUGCUCAUUGAUGUGGAUGAGUGGCUCCAGUUCGCCUAUAGCCGUAUCUGAAUGGCUGAAAGUAGACUUUUCCGCCCUGAAUUGGCUGUCCAAUGUAUCUGCUAUUGUGAAUACCCUUUUUUCCCUAUUAACGGGUUGGUCAUAUCAACGAUUUGGAAUCAAGGCAAACAUCAUAUUUGCGGGUGGCUUUAAUCUAGUGGGCUGCUGGAUACGUUGCAUUGCGAUCAUUGUCCCUGAGAAUAAUCGAUACGCAGCCAUGAUGGCUGGCCAAUGUGUCGCCAGUAUGGGUGGCCCAUUCGUUUACAAUAUUGCUGCAAAGUUGGCCGCUGUUUGGUUUGCACCUGAGCACAGAGGCAUAGCGAACACCCUAUCAACCUUGUCGUUUGGUAUGGCAGUUGCACCCAUCAUUGUCCCCUUACUCGCUCCCACAGUAACAAAUGUACCAUGGAUGCUCAUCGUCAUAGCCAUCAUCUCAACAGCAUCUGCAAUUCCAUCCGUCUUUUUGCCGAGUGAACCUAGAAUCCCGUCAUCUCCAUCGUCUGACCAAGAACGCAUGGGUAUCAAAGAAGGCCUCAAGUGCUUGAUGAAAAAUAAAAGCUUCUGUUGGAUCACGGUACUAUGUGCUGUUAAUGCAGGUAUGGUCUUUUCUGUGUCUACAUUGAUUAUAGAGGCCAUAUCUCCAUUUGGCUAUACGGAUCAGCAGUCAGGGUAUUGUGCAGCUGCAGUAGUCGUUUCUGGUUUUGCUGGGGGCAUCUGUUCGGGCUACUGGGCGGGCAAGACGGGGCAGCAUGUCAUGCUCAUUAAAUUGCUAACCCCUUUGAUGGCUUUCACGUACGUCAUGUUUAUCUUUGAAAUGAUCCCGAAUGCCUUCAAUGUGAUCUUGUUCGCUUGUAUCUGGAAUGGUUUCUUUGCUUAUGCGUUGUUUCCUAUACAUUUAGAGCUUGCAUGCGAAAUCUCUUAUCCCGUACCAGAAUCAGUGUCAUCCUCCCUUUUAUGGGCAAUCUCAACCGCUGUCAUGCUUAUUUUCUGCGUUAUCAUCGACUCCUUGCGUGCUGGUCCCGAAGCUGAUCCUCCAAACAAUAUGAAAUUCUCCAUGAUUGUCGUUGCCAUCAUCAUGUGUGUAGGAUCUUUACCUUCUGUAUGGCUGAAAGGGGACCUAAAAAGACUUGCCUUUGAUUUAGAAGAACAGCAAAAGCAUGACAAGUAG